AUGAUACGACAAGAUGGUAAAUUGAUAAUUCUGCCCAGUAAAAUAACUGUCGGAAAACAGCUUGAAGUUGGAACAUACUUCAUGUUAAAACUGGGUCAAAAUGCAAUACGAUUCAAUUCCAUUAGGGGAAACUUAGAACUUAAUGUUAGAGCUGCAGACUGGGAUACUAAUAUGGAGUUCAUUAUAUUUAGGCGAAGGCCACGAUUGAAGAAUGAUCUUCUUGGUUGUCGACGGAGGGACGUCCUAGACCAGGAUUUUAUUAAUAUCAACAAAUUGAGACCUAAAGCACUAAGAGAAUAUUAUGUCGUUUGGAAGUCUGUUGAAUUGAAUUCACUUGCAAAAGAUGUCCAAUUCAUAGUAGACAUCGAAUUUUUCCCAUCAAGUGGCCCUAUUAUACCUUUGAAAAGCCCACAAAGUCCAAGCGAGAAGAGCUCUCCAGUAAUUAAGACCAAACUGCCCAAGCAACUACCUCAGAGUCCCGAAAGUAAACCCGCUACAACACCCAGGGACCAAGAAUCUAGUCCUAAAUUUUUUCCCCGAUUAAGAAGACAUUCUAGGCAUCAACGACGUAAUGAUCUAAACAUAGACUCAGAUGACAUAGUGUACGACAAUGUCAUUAUAUAUGAUGGUAAGGAGAAAGCUGUAGUUGCAGGAAAUUACACUCAUGGAUUGAAAAGCUACGAAGCUGAGUCUUCUGAUACAAGCGGUGUAUAUUCAUUCAUCGAGCAAAAUAAAGAGAAGAUUCGAAACUAUGACUACGAUACCUUAGUUAUCAAAGAAACUCCAAAAGAUCUACUGAACAAUGAAUACGCUCGCUUGCAAUUGGGUGAUAAGCUUAUGUUUAUUCAUAGUUUCCCAAGUGCUAAUGUAAAACUAACUGGAUAUUUGGGAAAUGGAAGAUGGUCAGUUCCAGAAACAAACGAAACGAGACGACAACUUUAUGUACUUCAGCAACCAACUCUUCCUCCUCCCAGGGUACCCCCCAAAUGUCCGAAAGGUAUGCUAUGGGAAGAGUAUUAUUUACUCAAUAAAGAGAAAUACAUUCGUGAAGUUAUGAGAAAUUGA